CCCGUUCUAGACUGGAGGAUGAGCCGACUCUCGGCUCAUCCGAGUGAGUGGUGUAGACGGAUAAAAGUCAUACUAAAGACUUCUGAAGUUAGCUUUCAAUCGUACCAAUUAAAAGUGUUUGAAGUAAUAUUUACAAGUGGAAUCCAAAAAUAAGAAACUGUCAACGAGAGAAAUGGUAAAAGCAAGGAAAAAAAAGAUUUUGGAAGUAAAAACAAGAUGUGUUUCAUUUGACGAAGAAGAAAUUUUUAAUUUAAUAUCAAUAUAUUCUCUGCCAGCAAUACAAAAUGAGUUUAAAAAAAGUAAAAGGCAUUCAUUGAUAUACGAAAAAAUCGCUACUCUCCAUAACAUGUCAGAAGAGUAUUGCAGAAAUGCAAAAGAUAUUCAAACUAAAAUAAAAAAUUUAAGAUCUGAAUAUAUAAAAAAGAAACCCAAAUCAGGAGGUACACCACCUGAUGAUUUUCCAUUUUAUGAUGUUUUACAUAAGCUGUGGAGUGAAAAAGAUAUAUUUAAUGAUGAACUUCUUGAUGAUUCAAUGGUUGAUGAUAAUUCUGAUGAUAACAGCAGCAAUGAAGAUCCCGAAGGUGAAGAAUUAUUAAAAGAUGUAGAAUUUGAUUACUCGCCUGAAAAUAAUAGCGGACAUUCUACAGAUGUCGUUCAUUUAUCCUUGUUUAACAUUCGGUGACACCAAAUGUUAAACAACAAUAAAUGAACGACACAAGGUAAAAAUCCUUAAAAAAUUAUUAUUAAUAUACCAUCAGAAUUAUCAUCAACCAUUGAAUCAUCAAGAAGUUCAUCAUUAAAUAUAUCUUUUUCACUCCACAGCUUAUGUAAAACAUCAUAAAAUGGAAAAUCAUCAGGUAGUGUACCUCCUAUACAUAAUAACA